AAUCUAGCAUUUUCUCAGUGACGAAGAAAUUUCAUAAACCCCAAAAGUAGAGUGAGAAGAAACUGAAGUAUGGUAUUGCUUUGCUUCGUGUUGGAUUUGCGGAGCUUAUCACCUCCAAUUCUUCGAGAUCUGAAGCAGUCACUGUUGCAGCUUGCUAAUUAUUAUGCAGUUUCGUGUCCGAAAAUUGAUAAUAGUUCUAGAGGAAUUCAAUCGCAGUCGAAAACACUGCUCGAUCGCAUUGGACUUUGUUAUGUUCUGAGGAAUCGAAUUUCUUGUUCCGAUGAGCUGAAGAUAGCGUAUAGUCCCCAAGUAAACUUCAAUUUGCGUGAUUUUCAUCAUGCUGUGAACAGUUUGCCUACGGAUGCUUUCUUUUCCGAAUCCAACGAUUCCGGGGCCCUAUGCAAGGACCUGAAACUGACGGAUGUUCUGAGUGAAAAAAAUGUAUACUCUUGGGGAAAUCGUGAUAGAAACAUAGGAAAAAAAGUGAUUCUGAUUAGUUCUUAUCUUGUUGGUACCCUGGAUUCUGCAACAAUGAAGGCUCUCAUGGAUGCGAGCGACAAGUGUGUUUCAGUGGAAUUUAUUUUGUUGGAGCAAGCAUCAAGCCAGCUUGGUGAUAUCACUGACGAUAUCAGCCAUUUCGUGGAGCAGAUUGGUUUUUGUAAAAACUGCUCUUUUCAGACACGUGUUCCAGAUAAACACGUACUGCAAUGUCUCACCAAAAGAUGGUUUGAGGAUUUAAAGGAUGACAGGAAAGAACCAUUACAAGCUCGUUUCAUAUUCAAGACCAGUUUGAUAAGCAACCUGAACCAGAUAACCUGCAACUUGUGCACAUCCUUCAAUCCCAUAGUUGACGAGUUCAUUUCUUGUCAGACAUGCAGAUGUCACGGCAUUCCAUUGGACCAGUCAAAUACGAGCCAGACUAAGAGGUCUUCUUGUCCAGUAACCAAUGAUGAUCUUGGAGCUAUAGAUAUAAUUGAGAACUCUGUUAGGGUUGGCGAACAAACGAUGCUACAUAUGCCCUCUUUCAAGGACAGUCCUGAACUGAAGCAAGUUUCAUUACCUGUUGACUUCAAUGUCAUUAAGAGGACCAACUUAGGAUCAUUAAGUGAAGGGGUGAUUAUGGGAACGACCUACUUUGUCACUGCAUCAACUUUUCUGGAUCCAGAUAGGAACAAGAGUUCGGAAACGGAGCUAAACAGUCAACUUUUUCAAGUGGUAUGCACUGUUCUAAAUUCCCAUGAUCAGGGUCUGGUUUGCUCUUCUACUUGUAAUAUCGAAACUCAGAGGGAGACUUCAUUCCAGUGCUAUUACAUUCUCUUACCUUCGGACAAAGGGACGAUGCUUCUCAGGAGGCUUUCAGCAUCAGAAGAGUUCUUGCCUAUCUUUGACGCCAGCCAACACAUUAGCUCUGUUGUAGCUGAAGAGAUCGAAAACACAGUUCAAGCCUCUUUGCUAAAGAUGGAAGUAAGCGACUACAAUCCAUUCCAGCACGAGAGAGGUUUCCAUAAAAAACUGAACGUGCUUGUUAAACAGAGCCUGCAAUUCGGGGCAAUACUUCCUAAAACAAAAGAAGUAAUCCCAGAGUCAGAAGUGUACCUACAAAACUCCGAGGUACAACCAUCAAUGCAGGAGGCAGAAGACAUAGUUAUCAAAGUAGAUGAACUACCACAACUCGAUUCCAAACAAGGAGAAAAAAACAAAACUUCCCCAUGUCUCGCGGAAGAAUGGGAACAGCUCAUUGUUAACGAACUCGGAGGGGUAAAUUCCCCAACGUGCAUUUACAAUUCAAAUCUCGAUAAACUCGUUACAUCACCGUCACAAAGCAACAAGCAAAUGGAUGAGAAAACUUCUAGAAUACUCGAGAGGCUCGAACUCCCGUGGAAGCUGAAAAGAAAAGCUGUUUCACCUGCAAUUUCGAGCAGUGCUGUUUCUGGUGAUGUGCGGGGCCCGGUGAAGAAGCCCCUGAUAGCCUAUAGGCCCAACGAUACUGCUGCAGAUCAACGGCUGAUAUUGAGCCAGCCGAUCAAGCCCAAUUUCCAGAGGAUCAAACGGCCGAGAUAGAUCAACUUUAUGAGGUUAGUUUGGUUUGCAUUAUUUUUACUAGCCAGCGCAUAAGGGAAAAAAAAAACAAAAAAACGAAUAUGAAUUGUGAAACUCAUCAUUAGAGACAAAGAGAAGAGAGCAAAUAUAAUAGUACGUAUACAUACAUACAUUUGCAGGUGGUUGGGGAAAA